GGUUCACCAUUCCUUCUGUCCAAUUAUCUUCUUAUCAAACAAUUACACGGAAGAAAAGAAAGAGGGAAGAAGGAGAUGCUUUGGCUGAUGUUGCUUCAACUGAUCUUACUGCAACUUUUGAUGACUGAGGAGGCGGCAGCGGAAGCGUCGAAAAUUUCCCAGACAAAGCCUGGUUGCCAGGAGAAGUGCGGAAACCUCGGCAUCCCAUACCCGUUUGGAGUUGGAGAGGAUCCAAACUGUUUCUUGGACGAAGACUUCAAGUUGAUAUGCAAUACAACGAAUCAGACUCCACUGCAGACAAAAGAUGAUCUGCCCGUCUUGAACAUAUCGCUUGAAGGCCAACUGACGACCACCAUUGGAGCAAGUGUUCUUUGUUUCAUGGGGCUGGGCCAAGUUUUGAUAGCGAAUGAGACAACUCUCAAACUUCCAAAUGCGUACAGGGUCUCUGAUUCAAGAAACAGGUACACGACAAUCGGUUGCGACAUGUAUGGCUUUGUCGUUGACCCUAAUGAUUUUCUCGUGCUCCACGUCGAUUGCAUUUCAGAGUGUGUGCACGACACCAAAGUGACGGGUUUACCUUGCGCUGGUCUUGGAUGCUGCCAGACCUCAAUACCGAAGGAUAUCAAUUCCUACUAUUCCUACAUACUGAAUUCUAACAACUUCAACCAUACCUGGAAUAUCAGCAGAUGCGCGAUUUCCCUAUUAUCGGACCAGGAUUGGAUAACUUCACAUGUGUCUGACCUUUGGAAUAUGAGAAACAAUGUGGAGUCCCUACUACAAACUGGGAUCAGAAGUCCAUUAGUACUCGAUUGGGCAAUUAGAAAUCUGACUUGCGAGGAAGCACAAGCAAGAACGAGUGGUUACGCUUGCGGAAAGAACACCUAUUGUGCUAAUUCCACAAAUGGUCGUGGAUAUCUUUGCCAUUGCAUGGAAGGCUACUAUGGGAAUCCUUAUCUCCCGAAUGGAUGUCAAGCAACUGGCUCGUCCAUUGAAAGGAAGACAUGUGAUAAAGGAGAUAAUUAUGCAUGUGGAAACAAUACUUACUGCUCUAAUUUCAAUCAAAGUACCGGAUAUCAUUGCCACUGCAUGGAAGGUUAUACUGGAAAUCCUUAUCUCCCUGAUGGGUGCCAAGCGUUGUCAUCGUUAGAUACAAAGCCCGGGUGUCGGAAUAAAUGCGGGAGCGUUAGCAUCCCAUAUCCGUUUGGCUUGGUAGGAGAUGAUCCAACUUGCUUCAGAGAUGAGUUUAAGUUGUUUUGCAACGAAGCCACUGACCCUCCUCAGCUGGAGAUGUAUGGGAAUAAUUUCAGAGAGUAUGGCAAUAAGUAUGUUUUGGACAUAUCACUACAAGGCCAACUGAAGUUUUCCAUGUGGGCUGCUGUUUACUGUUCCUUGGGAGAAGACCAAUUCUCGGAGUACAGCAUAGGCAUCGUAUUGCCAAGUGUAUACAGAUUCUCUAGCACAAGAAAUAAAUUCACGGCUAUGGGUUGUGACACACUUGCUCUCAUGUCUGAUUCCAAUUAUACGAAGGUCCAGAGUGGGUGCAUUUCAUUCUGUCCUUAUGGCACGGAGUUGACGAAUGUAUCUUGUGAUGGCAUUGGAUGCUGCCAGACAGCGAUACCAAAGGAUCUUGAUACAUUUCUUCUACGGCUUGAAAACUACAGCGACACAACCAGCAACGCCUGGAAUAUCAGCAAAUGUAGCUAUGCUUUUCUUUCUGACCAAGAAUGGUUCAGUUCAAAUGCAUCCUUCUUAUGGAGUUUAAGAAAUGAUGUCGAAUACCUUAUGAACGUUGGGAUCAGAACUGAGAUAGUACUUGACUGGGCAAUUAGAAACAACACUUGCAAUGAAGCACAAAGAACAGCCACAGACUAUGCUUGCGGGAGGAACUCCUACUGUCAUGACUCCGCAAAUGGACUUGGAUAUCUUUGUCAUUGUCUUAAAGGUUAUAAAGGGAAUCCUUAUCUCCCCAAUGGAUGCCAAGAUGUAAAUGAGUGCGAGGAAUCAGGGAAGACUAUUUGUGAAGUUAUCUGUACUAACACAAAUGGAUCUUAUUAUUGCUCUUGUCCGAAGGAUAGUUAUGGAGAUGGCAGAAAAGAUGGAAAUGGUUGCACUAAAAAGAACAAGGCCUUUCAAUUAAUUAAGGUCACUCUAGGUGUAGGCCUUGGGAUUUUACUUUUACUCAUCAGCAUUUCAUGGCUACACUUUAUCAUAACCCAAAGAAGACUCGUGAAGUUAAGAGAGAAGUUCUUUGAGAAAAAUGGUGGUUUGCUUUUACGGCAACAAUUAUCUUCACAUGAAGUUGGUUAUGAGGCUCUAAAGAUCUUUACAGCUCCAGAACUAGAGUUUGCAACAAAGAAUUAUGAUGAAAAUUGCAUCCUUGGUCGAGGUGGUCAAGGUAUAGUAUAUAAAGGCAUUCUACCUGAUCAUCGAAUAGUUGCCAUUAAGAAAUCAAAAAUAGGGGAUAAGAGCCAAAUUGAGCAAUUUAUUAACGAGGUUGUUAUUCUUAGCCAAGUUAACCAUCGAAACGUUGUGAAGCUCUUGGGAUGUUGUCUAGAGACUGAAGUUCCUUUGUUAGUGUAUGAAUAUGUCUCAAAUGGAACCCUUUACCAGCAUAUCAAUAAAAAGAACUACAGCUCCUUGCUUUCUUGGGAAGAUCGCGUUAGGAUCGUCACGCAGACUGCUAGUGCAGUUGCCUAUCUACACUCUGCAGCUUCUACACCGAUUGUUCACAGAGAUCUCAAAUCAGCAAAUAUACUAUUAGAUGGUAAUUAUACAGCAAAAGUCUCUGACUUUGGAACUUCCCGAUUACUUCCUGUUGAUCAAACUCAAGUCACUACACUGGUUCAAGGGACCUUAGGGUAUUUGGACCCAGAGUAUUUCCACACCAGUAAACUAACAGAGAAAAGUGAUGUUUACAGCUUUGGAGUAGUCCUCGCAGAGAUCUUAACAGGGGAAAGGCCAGUUUCUUUUGAAAAAGUAGAGGAACAAAGAAACCUAGCUACAUAUUUUAUUUCCUUGAUGGAAGACAAUCAACUCUUCCAAAUCAUUGAUAAUCGAGUUGUGAAUGAUGAAAUUAUUGAACAACUUGUGGCGGUUGCAGAACUUGCAAAGAGAUGCCUUAAUGUAAAGGGUGAAGAAAGGCCCACUAUGAAAGAAGUGGCGGAGGAGCUAGGAGGAUUAAGAGGGUUAAGGAAACACUCAGGGGUUCAAACAAAACAAGAAGCGAGUUCAAAUUCACUUUGUGAAUCAUCAGAUUUCUAUCUUAUAGAAACAAACCAAUCCCUUGGUGAUGCAUCUGGGCAAUAUAGUUUGCAGAAUGAUAUGAUUUUGUCAACGAAUUUUCCUCGGAAGCUCAACAAUAUGUCUGCUUUUUCCAACCAGGUGGCAGUAGCAGUGGCAGCGUUGUCGACGUUGCCUCUGACAAAGCUCGGCUGCCAGGAUAAAUGUGGAAACCUCAGCAUCCCGUACCCGUUUGGCAUUGGUGAUAAUCCCGACUGUUUCCUGAAUAAAGACUUUCAGUUCUUCUGCAGUGGCACUAGUGACACACCCCUACAGACCUUCAAGGGUCUGCCUGUUUAUAACAUCUCUUUGAAAGGACAACUGCAGACCGUCUCUUGGAUGUCUGUGAUCUGUUACGCGGAGGAAAGCGGAAACUUCACGCCAAAAAUCUCAUAUUUUAAUCUUUCAAAGGCGUACAGGGUCUCGGACACCAAAAACAAAUUCAUGACUCUCGGUUGUGCGAUUGGUGGCGUAUUGACUGAGUAUAACGUCUCGUCGUCCUAUGGCCAAUGCUCUUCAUACUGCUUGGACGAUACGAAACUCACGAAUUUAUCUUGCAAUGGCUAUGGAUGCUGCCAGAGCACAAUAGCAGCAAACCUUAGUUCAUUUUCUAUGAAAAUUAGAAACUAUUACGAGGCCAUCUAUGCUCUAAACUUCAGCAAAUGUGGGUAUGCCUUUCUGUACGACGAGAACUGGGGCGAUUUAGAUACUUUCAACCUCUGGAAUGAAAGAAACAAUGUGAAAGACAAUCUAAGGGGGAGACUCAGUCGAAUUACACUUGACUGGGCAAUUCGAAAUGAGAGUACUUGCGAGGAAGCACAAAGCCAAAUGAUUGGCUAUGCUUGUGGGAGUAACACCUACUGCACUAACUCCACUAAUGGACCUGGAUAUCUCUGUCAUUGUUUGCAAGGUUUCCACGGGAAUCCUUAUCUUGCCAAUGGAUGCCAAGUACACGACUGGUCAAUUGUAAACAAAAGCUGUGAGAAAGGAAGCACCAAUUAUGCAUGCGGAAACAACACUUACUGCUCUUACUCCAACACCGGUCCAGGACAUCUUUGCCACUGUAUGGAAGGUUACCAAGGAGAUCCUUAUCUCCCUGAAGGAUGCCAAGCAACAUUGACAUCAUCAGAGACAAAGCCGGGAUGCCGGAACAAAUGUGGGAAUAUUAGCAUUCCAUAUCCCUUUGGUCUAAAGGGAGAUGAUCCAACCUGUUUCAGAAAUGAAUUUGUGUUGCUCUGUAACACCGCCGUUGACCCUCCCCAACUGGAGCUUUUGGGCAGCUCUACACUGUUGGUCUCGAACAUAUUAUUACAAGGCCAACUGACGCUAUCCAUGUGGUCUGCUAUCUCCUGUUACAUGGGGGAAAACCAAACCUCAGAAGGUUACAACACAUAUAUGACACUGCCGGAGGGAUACAGGAUCUCCAACACCCUAAACAAAUUCACCGUUAUCGGAUGUAACACACUGGGAAUCAUGUCUGACUUUAACGGCAUUAUAUUCCAAGGUGGAUGCAUUUCAUUUUGUCCAUCUGCUACAAAAUUGACGAAGAUAUCUUGUGAUGGCAUUGGGUGCUGCCAGACCGUGAUACCAAAGGAUCUCAGUUCAUUUCUGCUAUCGCUUCGCAGUUUUAGUAACGAAUAUAGUACAGCCUAUACUCAGAAUAUCAGCAAAUGCAGCAUUGCCUUUCUGUCCGACCAAGACUGGUUCGAAUCACAUUCGACCGAUCUAUGGAAUAGAAGAAAUGAGGUAGAACUUGUCAACAUUGGGAUGUUCGUUCCAAUAAAACUCGACUGGGCAAUUCGUAGCAGUAACUCUUGCAAGGAAGCACAAAGUCGAGCAUCCGAUUAUGCGUGUGGGAGCAGCACCUACUGCGCCAACGCCAAAAAUGGGCCUGGAUAUCUUUGUCAUUGCAAGCAAGGUUACGAGGGGAAUCCUUAUCUCCCUGAUGGUUGCCGAGGUAUAGGCUUUGGGAUUCUAUUUUUAUUCAUUGGUGUCUCUUGGUUAUACUUCAUCAUAAAGAAAAGAGAACUCAUGAAGUUAAAAGAGAAAUUCUUUCGACAAAAUGGUGGCCUAUUUUUGCAACAACAAAUAUCUUUAAAUGGAAGGGGUUCAGAAUUCUUAAAGAUCUUUACAACUGAAGAGCUAAAGUUGGCAACCAACAAUUAUAAUGAAGAAUGCAUCAUAGGACGAGGUGGUCAAGGCAUAGUAUAUAAAGGAACUCUACUUGAUCAUCGAGUUGUUGCCAUCAAAAGGUCUAGAAUCAUGGAUGAGAGUCAAAUUGAACAAUUUAUAAAUGAAGUUAUCAUUCUUUCUCAAGUUAACCAUCGAAACGUGGUGAAGCUCUUGGGAUGUUGUUUAGAGACUGAAGUUCCUUUACUAGUUUAUGAAUAUGUCUCCAAUGGAACCCUUUUCCGCCACAUUCAUAAAACAAAUGGCAUCUCCUUACUCUCAUGGGAAGACCGGUUGAGGAUUGCAACAGAAACUGCUACUGCACUUGCCUAUCUACACUCUGGAAUUUCCACACCAAUCAUUCAUAGAGAUAUCAAAUCCACAAAUAUAUUAUUAGAUGAUAACUAUACAGCAAAGAUAUCUGAUUUUGGAGCUUCAAAGUUAGUUCCCAUGGAUCAAACCCAAAUAACCACAUUGGUUCAAGGGACCUUGGGGUAUUUAGAUCCAGAGUAUUUUCAUACCAGUCAGUUAACAGAGAAAAGUGAUGUUUAUAGCUUUGGUGUUGUUCUUGUUGAGCUCUUAACAGCUGAAAAACCUUUUUCUUUUGAAAGAUCACAAGAACAAAGAAACCUAGCCACAUAUUUUCUUUCAUUAAUGAAAGAGAAUCUUCUCUUUCAACUUAUUGAAAAUCGAUUUGUAGAUAAAGGAAAGACAGAAAAUCUUCUUGUUGUUGCUGAACUUGCAAAAAGAUGCCUUAAUGUGAAGAGUGAAGAAAGGCCCACUACGAAAGAAGUGGCAAUGGAGCUAGAAGGAUUGAGAAGGUCAGAGAAACACCCAUGGGUUCAACCGAUAGAAGAAGAAAACAAGAGCUUAUUAUAUGAACCUUCAUACCUCUAUCCAACAUCACUAAGCCUUUAUCCAAGUGAAGCAUCUGGGCAGUAUAAUUCGGAGACAGAUGUAAUGUUAUCAAUGGAUUUCCCCCGUUGAGAUGAUCCAACACAUCUCUUAAGGUAAGUAAAUAUUUCUUAUCUUUUAUAAGUCCAUGGUAUUUGAAAAUAAUGUUCUCAUAGAUCUUCUAACAAAAAGAACAAUAGUAGGACAAUAAACUAUGCG